AUGAACUGGCUCAAGUCUACUCUCUCCGCGGCCGUCGGUACGCAGGAGCCCAUAUAUGGCCCCGAGGCCAUCCAGUCGGUCGCCCAGCAGGCUGCAGAGACGCCUUAUACCGUCACAGACAAGCAGAUCCUGCGAUGGAAGGCAUACCAGUACACCAAUGUCGAGACCCAGACCUUCUACAUCAUGGCCGACAACGGGACUCUGGUUAUGGUCCAGGUCAUCUACAGCAACAUUGCUGGCAUCCACACCACAGCCCACUUCAACUCGAAGAUCUUCAACCUCAAGGGCGAUGGCGAGCACAUUUGGCACUCCGACCCCCUCCACAACUUCAUGUUCGACGAGCAAAUGCUCUCUUUUGGAGCCGAUAACCUGACCAUCACCCUCAACGAAGAGGGGGAUGCCUACCACAUCAAGUCCACUGUUAACCCGGAUAGCAUUGUCGAUCUCAAGUUCACCCGCAAGGCCCCCGGCUUCGCUAUCGGCAAGGACGGAACCUCGUACUUUGGCACUGAUCCCAAGAACCCCUGGGGCUCUAUGUACCACGCCUUCUGGCCUCGCUGCGCCGUGGAGGGUUCCAUCACCACCAAGGAGAACACCUACGACCUGACCGGCCGCGGAGUGUUUAUCCCGGCUUUGCAGGGCAUGAAGCCCCACCACGCUGCUGCUCGCUGGAACUUCGUCAACUUCCAGACCCCGAGCUACUCCGCCAUCAUGAUGGAGUACACCACCCCUCCCUCCUACGGCUCGACCAAGGUCAACGUUGGCGGCAUCCUCAAGGACGGUGAGGUCGUCUAUGCCGGCGUCACCAACACCGCCACCCAUACUGCGUCCCAGCAGGACCCCGAGAGUGACUGGCCCGAGCCUACCUCUAUCAAAUGGGAGUGGACCGGCAAGACCGCGAACGGUGAAGACGUCUCCGCCGUUGUUGAUGGCCUGCUCGGCAAGCGCUUGGAUCGCGUCGACGUCAUGGGCGAAGUGCCCGGCUUCAUCAAGACUAUUGCCGGCAGCGUGGCUGGCACGCGGCCGUACAUUUUCCAGUAUUCGCCGCAGGAGAAGCUGAAGCUGAAGUUGAAGAUCGGAGACACCGAGAUCGAAGAGGAAGGCACCAUGUUCUCGGAGUCGACCUUCAUCUCGUAA